AUGGCAGACCCGUCUGCCCCGGACAACCACCCCGUGUCUUCACCCCCCGGGGAACCGGAACCGGAGCGAGACCGAAGCCAGCAGGGGCGGUCCUCGUCGGCGGCCAAGACCAACACUCGUCCAGCAGCGCGCGGGACCGCCUUCUACCAGCGCAAGAGAGCCGUCAAGGCGUGCCAGGUGUGUCGAGCCCGGCGGACGAAAUGCGACAAUCUCAAGCCGUCAUGCUCCUUUUGCCUCAAGGUUGGGGCCACCUGCAUCCAGUCCCCCGUCGACCUGUCCAGCUUCGACCCGGCUAGCCUCAAGAUUCUGGAACGGCUCGACGACCUGGAAGAGCUGAUGAGAUCCGUGUCGGUCGAUGGGUCGCCGAGCCACCACAAGACAAGAGUGGUCGAGGCACCACGGAACCCCAUCCAGCUGGAGCACCGGGUGGAAACACCGGAUAGAGGAGGAGGAGGAGGAGGAGGGGGACCACCCAUCCAACUCGCCAUGAUCAUCCCGCCAAGGCCGGAACAUGUCAUGUCAUGGGCCAUCUUCCGAGACCUCGGCAACGGGAUCGAGGCCAACGACACGUCACUGCACGUCGACCAUGCCUCUUCGGCCGUGGGAAACUCGCCAAUGUCGAGCCUCGGCGCCGUCGACCUCGAGAUGCGGCUCAUCAACGACCUGCUGGACAGGUUCUUCAGCUACGUGCACGUCAAGAACCCGAUCCUCGACGAGACGGCCACGCGCAAGAUGGUCUCGCGCACGGUGCUCAACGGCGUCGACUGGUCCGCCGAGUCCUGCCUCUCGCUCCUCAUCUGCGCGCUGGGCUCCCUCGCGACGCCCUUCGGCCCGAGUCAUGAGACGAUGCCCGGGUCCGCCGCCCACGCCAACGCCCAGGAUUACUUCCGGGCGGCCCAGAAGCGGCUAGGCGGCCUGUUCUCGUCGGACGACAUCAUCGCCGCCCAGUGCCUCUUCCUGUCGGGCGUCUACAUGAUGUGCGUCUUCCAGCCGGUCAAGGCGUGGAGGCACUUUGUCCAGGCGCUCGCGAGCUGCCAGCAGUUCCCCUUCCUCACCCCCGAGGCCCAGCAGCGCUACCACAGCAACGCGGAGGCGGGCGACGACGACGCGCGCGACUACUACUCCAUCGACACCCUCCAGCAGGCCGUGUACUGGUCGUCGUGGAAGUCGGAGCGGGAGAUGCGAGGCGACCUCUACCUGCCGGACUUCUCCCUGGCCGACCAAGAGCUCGGCAUCUACCCGCCCUUCUUCCCGACGCCGCCCGCGCCCCGGGCCGAGGUCGAGGAGGCGGCGGACCCGCGUCUGGCACGCGAGAGGACGUCGUGGUACUUUUACCUCGCCGAGAUCUCCCUCCGCAGGCUCGCGUCCCGCAUCAGCGCCGAGAUGGUCGGCCUGCAGAGGGAGCACUCCUCCACGCGCCAGGCCUACCUCGCCGCCUUGGCCGAGGCGGUCCCGCGGUACGAGGAGCAGGCGCGCGAGUGGAUCGCCUCGCUGCCGCCGAGCCUGUCCUUCUCCGAGCCGGCCGAGGAGGAUGACGUCUGCAGGUUCGUGCUCCGGGGCCACGCCCUGAACCUGUACGAGCAGAUCUACUGGCCCUUCACGACCGCCGUGCUCGACGGUCUCGGGGCGAACCCGAACUUCCCUCGGGCGGCCGUCUCGUCCGGCGCGGUGGCGCUGGCGAACAAGGGCCUCGAUAACCACCUCUACCGUCUCGUCGUCAACCGGCUGGGGUACAGGCACCGCCACCACGGGACGCUGCCGAUGAUGCGGUCCUGCUCGCGGAGCGCCCUGGUGUUGGCCGCGGCCGCGAUCCUCUCACAGUCCGAGUCGAACGGGGGGAGGGGUGUACAGGACGACGGUACCCCCACAUUGUCCUUGCCCUCUGGGUGGUACGAGGCCAUCGAGGAGGUGAUUGACCUUCUCGCCUUCUGGGAGUGUGAGACGAGGGAUAUGGAGACGACGCGGCGCUUGUUGGAGAAGGCGUGCGCCAUGUUCUCGGUCCCAUCACCGGCCGCAUAUCGCAUGGGAGUUUAG